AUGUGGAUCACUCUGUGUAUUUGUCUAUGUGUGCCCAUUAACUGUAUCUCUGCAGCCUCAAUCUCCAGCUCAGGUACCUGUCAGCUUCAGGGACACUUCAGGUUGAACGGGAUGUACCAGGAUGGAGAUGUUAUACUUGGAGGCCUUUUUGAGGUUCACUUCCUUACAGUGUUCCCAGAGCUGAGCUUCAGAACUGAGCCGGAACCACCAUACUGUGAAAAGUUUGAUAUGGAAAGCUUCCAGCAAGCACAGACCAUGGUUUUUGCUAUUGAUGAGAUCAAUAAGAAUCCCAAUCUGCUGCCUAACAUCACUCUUGGUUACCAUCUUUAUGACAACUGUGUGAUGCUAGGAAUGGCAUUCCGGGCUGCCAUAGCCCUAAUAAGUGGUCCAGAGGAGUCUUUCUCCAACCUCAACUGCACCGGUCCACCACCAGUGAUUGCUAUUGUGGGGGAUCCAGGUUCCACUCCUUCCAUUGCAAUUUCCAGUGUGCUGGGGCUUUUUCGAGUACCUCUAGUUAGCCACUAUGCCACCUGCUCCUGUUUGAGUGACAGAAAAAAGUACCCUUCCUUCUUCAGAACUAUCCCCAGUGAUGCCUUCCAGGUGCGGGCUAUGGUUCAGAUCUUGAGACAUUUUGGAUGGACUUGGGUUGGUCUCAUCUACAGUGAUGAUGAUUACGGCAUCUACGCUGCUCAGUCCUUCCAGCAGGAUGUGCAGCUGUUUGGAGGGUGUGUUGCUUUUUCUGAAAUCCUGCCCCAUGAUAGCAACCAAAUAGAUAUUCAGCGUAUAGUGGGAGUUAUACAGGCCUCCACAGCUAGAGUAGUGGUUGCUUUUUCUGCUUUAACCUAUCUGAUGCCUUUGAUGGAUGAGGUUGCAAUGCAGAAUGUGACGUGCAGGCAGUGGAUUGCAAGUGAAGCCUGGGCCAGUAAUCCUGUAUUUCACAGUCCACGUUUCCUACCCUUCUUGGGGGGCACGCUGGGCAUCGCUAUUAGGCAUGGAGAGAUCCAGGGACUCCAUGACUUUCUGCAACGUCUCCAUCCUGACAAUGAUCCAAGAAACAAUAUGUUGAGAAUCUUCUGGGAGAACAUGUUCGGGUGCAGCUUUUGGGGUAGAGAGACAGAUGGAGAGCAAGUGAAAAAGGUGUGUACAGGGCAAGAGGAUUUGAGCAGCACAGACACAGCAUAUACUGAUGUUUCUGCCCUGAGGGCCGCCUAUAAUGUGUAUAAGGCAGUUUAUGCCCUGGCACAUGCGCUGCAUGACCUGAUGCAGUGUGAGGAGGGGAGAGGGCCGUUCAUUGGGAACAGCUGUGCUGACAUAAACAACCUGCAGCCCUGGCAGCUGGUUCACUACCUACAGAGAGUGAACUUCACUACAGGCUUUGGGGACCAUGUUUCAUUCGAUAAGAAUGGGGAUGCGCUGGCCAUCUAUGAUGUGAUGAACUGGCAGCCGAGCUCUGAUGGGUCGAUGAUUAUCCGCACAGUUGGUAUAGUGGAUGAAGGGGCAGCAACGGGGAAGGUGCUCACACUAGAUGAAGAUGCAUUAUUCUGGAAUUUCGAGACAAAAAAACCCCCACGGUCUGUGUGCAGUGAGAGCUGUCCCCUGGGCACCAGACGAGCCACAAGAAAGGGCCUUCCUGUCUGCUGUUUUGACUGCCUGCCAUGUGCAGAUGGAGAGAUUUCUAAUACAACAGAUGCUAUUGAGUGCACAGUGUGUCCAGAGGAGUUUUGGUCCAAUCCAGAAAAGGAUCAGUGUAUCCCCAAAGAAGUGGAGUUUCUAUCCUAUGAGGAACCUCUGGGCAUCUCCCUGACCACUGCCUCUCUACUGGGCACCUGCUUCUGUAUUCUUGUGAUGGUCGUCUUUGCUCAUCACCGCAACACUCCAAUUGUUCGCGCCAACAAUUCAGAGCUCAGUUUCCUGUUGCUGAUGUCACUCAAACUGUGUUUCCUUUGUGUGCUGCUGUUCAUUGGCCGUCCACAGUUGUGGACGUGUCAGUUAAGACAUGCAGUGUUUGGUAUUAGCUUUGUUCUGUGCAUCUCCAGCAUCCUGGUCAAGACUAUGGUGGUAAUAGCCGUGUUUAAGUCAUCUCAACCUGAAGGAAAAGGAGCAAUGAAAUGGUUUGGAGCAGCGCAACAAAGAUGUACAGUCUUGGUCCUAACUGCCCUCCAGGUUGUCAUAUGUGUAGUCUGGUUAUCAACUGCAUCUCCAACACCCCAUAAAAACAACCAGUAUAUCAAGUCUAAAAUAGUAUACGAGUGUGCUAUUGGCUCAGUGGCUGGUUUUUCCAUGCUGCUAGGAUAUAUUGGCCUUUUGGCAGCGGUGAGCUUCCUGUUAGCCUUCCUUUCCAGGAACCUUCCAGAUAAUUUUAAUGAAGCAAAAAUCAUUACCUUUAGCAUGUUGAUCUUUUGUGCUGUGUGGAUUGCAUUUGUUCCAGCGUAUGUCAGCUCACCAGGGAAAUAUUCAGUGGCUGUUGAGAUUUUUGCCAUCCUGGCAUCCAGUUUUGGAUUACUGGUGGCCAUAUUUGCCCCAAAGUGCUACAUCAUCCUUUUACAUCCUGAGAGGAACACUAAAAAAGCCAUCAUGGGAAGAGAAACACUAAAGAGAUAG